GUCUGAUACUACUGUUGAUUCCAGAGACUUUGAAGAGUUGCUAGUUCCUAUCACAUUUUAAAACACGCUUACUAUCAAUUCUACAAAAAUGGCUUUCACCGAAUUCCCACCACUUCUCUCUCAUGAGGAAAUGAAAAAGCACAAGAUUCCUUUAGGAUAUCGUGACAGAUGUGCUGCUUUAUUGGUUCCAUUAAAUAAAUGUAGAAUUGAAAACUAUUACUUGCCAUGGAAAUGUACCCAUGAACGUCAUAUUUAUGAAGAAUGUCAAUAUUUUGAUUUCUUAAGACGUGUUAAACAAUUAGAUGAGAAAAAAGCUGAACUUAGAACCGAAAGAGAUAUAAAAAUAAAUGCCGAAAGAGAAGCUGCCAGAGAAGCUAGAGAGGCUGCUGAAGAUGAUGAUGAUUGAUUGUUUCAACAAAUCUUUUUAGAAAGCUACACAAAAAUAUAAAAAUUUGCAAAAUUUAUAUUCACUUAAUAAAAUGAACUAAAUAAUACUUAGAAUCAAUGAUAUUUGACUGGGUUUUGAUUUCACUAAACUCUAUGAAUUAUUAAGUUACAAAGCUACUAAACCAUUAAAUUUUAUGUUUCAUUCUUUUUUUCUUUCCUUAUUUUUACAACAGAUUAUAUUAUUACUAUUUUUCUUUAUGGCUGUUUUAACUAUUAUUAAAUUUUAUGAUAUUCAAUUAAACUCAUUUAAUAUUCAUGCUUAAAUACAACCACAAAACUAGGUCAAAAACCAUUAUAAAUAGGAUAUUGACUUUUUUUGGAGGUUUUUGGUUGUUUUCUUAAUAAACUUUAAAUAACUAAAUUAAUAUUA